GAUAUUUCCCCAUCAAGAGGAUUUAUAAUACUGAGAACAUCGUAAAUCAAAACAUCCUCAAUUUAAUCUUUCAUCAUCGUUCAUACAAUCUCAUCCUCGAUCACCUUCCAGUUUUGACCUCUAUCACUAGCAUAUAUUCCUUUUGAUUUGUCGUUUUAAAUCGACAAGUAUGGAUUCCAAAAUAGAUACAUCACCACUUCCAAUCACAGUCACAGAAGCAGAUCAAAUUAUCUCACGUUAUGGUAAUGACGCACCCUCUCCUUUACCUUCAAAUCAUUCCCAUUCUUUGACUACUUUACAUCAAAACAGUAGUGGUCUCACUUUAGCCCAUCAAGAUCAAGAUCAACAGCAUUCAACAACCAAUCAUCCGUCAGAUCAAAAUCAGCAUCAUCAUUCUCAAAAUGCAUCAAAACAUCCUUCACAAGAAUUUGAUCCUAAUCGAGUGACUUGGUUACCUGAUGAUCCUGAAAACCCUCAAUCUUGGUCAGAUAAAAGAAAAUGGGUCUUGACUGUGAUUUGUGGUAUCAUCACCGUUAAUGCUACAUUUGCAAGUUCAGCACCUUCCUCUGCUACAGAAGAUAUUGUGAAACAGUUUGGGGUUUCAUUAGAAGUGGCUACAUUAGUUACUUCUCUUUUCUUAUGCGGUUAUAUUGCUGGCCCCUUGAUCUGGGCACCACUUUCUGAGUUAAUAGGACGACGACCAGUUUUCCUUGGAACCAUGAUUUCAUAUGUAAUUUUACAAUUGGGAGAAGCAUUAAAUACAAAUUUACAAACGAUUUUAGUCAUCAGAUUCUUAUCUGGUGUAGCUGCUUCUGCGCCUUUAACCAACUGUGGUGGUUUAAUUGCAGAUAUCUGGGAUCCUAUUUAUAGAGCUCCUGCGAUUUCUAUCUUUACUGCUUCUGCUUUUAUUGGACCUGUACUUGGACCAAUUGUUGGAAGUUUUGUGGCUGGAUCAUAUUUGGGAUUCAGAUGGAUCUUCUGGUUGAUGAUGAUCAUCGGUGGCGGAUUCACAGCAAUGGUCUACUUCGGAUUACCCGAGACUUAUGCUCCGAUCCUCUUGGCCAAGAGAGCAAAAAAGAGGAGGGCAGAGGAAAAUCGACCUGAACUCUAUAGUGAUCAUGAACGUGCCGAUUUUUCUGUCAAGGGUAUACUUCACAGGACCUUAUUGCGACCUUUUAAGAUGCUUGCUUCUGAACCUAUCUUGGUACUCGUGACUGUUUACCUUUCUAUCGUUUAUGGUCUGCUUUACGGUCUAUUCGAGGCUUUUCCUAUCAUCUGGGGUGACCUUCGAGGAUUCACUCCUACUCAAAUUGGAUUACUGUUCAUCGGAGUAGGAAUUGGUACUACUCUAGGUGCCGUCAUGAAUAUAUAUCUUCAACAAUCUUUGAAAACUCUUGUGCCCAAAUGGCAUGGACAUCCCCCUUGCGAGGUUCAUCUUUAUGGAUCAAUGCUUGCUGGACCGUUCCUUGUGAUUGGUAUUUUUUGGCUUGGAUGGACUGGUGCAUACGCUUCUAUCCCUUGGUGGGUACCUGCUAUUUCGACGAUCUUGUUGGGAGCUUCGUUUACUCUUGUGUUCAUCUCAUUUCAAGCUUAUUUGAUAGAUGUAUAUCUAAUGUACUCAGCAUCAGCUCUAGCGGCAAAUACGAUUUGUCGAUCUGCUUUUGGAGCGGCAUUCCCCCUUUUCACACGACAAAUGUUUGAAGGUUUAGGUGUUCAAUGGGCUGCAACACUUAUCGGUUGUGUUGGAUUAUUAAUUAGUCCAUCGCCAUUUAUAUUUUAUAAAUAUGGGUCGAGGAUAAGAACUCGAUCAAAAUUCGCACCUAAUCUUGAUUUACAAAUGAAGUCCACAGUAGAAGAAGAAGAACAAAGAGAGAAGACACAAGAGAAGAAGACAGAAGAGACAAUGGCGGGGAAAAGUAAUAAUCAUCAAAAGGGUCCUGAGAUUGUUUAAAUUAUCGAAGGGAUCUCUAUCUUUCUUCGUGGCAAGGUCAUCGAAGAUGACUCUAUUGAUUUUGGACAUACACGAUCCAUAGUUUUGGUCAAUUUAUUAAUCUUUUAGUUUUCGGUAUUCAUUAUGUUUAUAUCUUGGGGUUUUCAUUUUAUCUUCGUUUUUUGUCGUCUCUAGACUUGUACUACCUAACAUCAUCAAAAAAACUCCCUUCUCAUUUGCGGAAAAUUUCAAUGAUUACAACAUAAAUAGUUUUUUCCUUUCAAAUUUUGAAUUCGAUUUUCCAAUUAACAUUAUGUUUUAUUGUAUCUAUCUCUUUUUGAUUAUCAUUAUUUACUACUCAUCUGUAUCUUAUAUAGAGCAUUUAUGAUGAUAAUGCAUGAGACUUGUUAGAUUAAUUUG